ACACCAGAGGUUUUUGUUUCAAAACUGAUAAAUCAGCUUGUUAGCAUGAGCAUAGAAGGAUCUAGUGAAUUUCAACGGUGGAAUGUGAGAGAUGUUGCAAUGGGAAGGAUAAUAGAUUUGGACCUUAAUUAUCCGCCUCCUAAUGAGAACAUGGCUCUAACUGGUCCCUUGGGACUACAAGUUCAAGGAAUUGGGCAUUAUCAAGGACAAGCUACAGCUGCUGCGGAUUUUGUGGAUGAUGAAGUUGUUAUAAUCUCACCAAGGAAAUUUGCAGAAGCCACGAAUAAUUCACGACGAAAUCCUUCUCGGAGAAGCCGUAGAGUCAUAGAAGGUCUUUCUGAAGAAUUGGCAAAUUUCCGUGCCUUUAGCCAACUUGGAGCUUCCAACUGGGAGGUUUCGGUCAAUGUUGAUGUUCGUAACAAACCAGAGGAUACUGUGCAUAACAAACCAGAAUAUACUGCAACUAACGUUCCCGUGCCUCCAGUUGUGCCCCAGAGUGAGUUCCUGCCAGAGGCACCUGGUUUCACUUGUGCCAUCUGCAUAGGCCAGUUGAUUGAAGAAACAUCGACAAAGUGUGGUCACAUCUUCUGCAAGAAGUGCAUUGAGAAAGCCAUAGCUACUCAACACAAAUGCCCUACCUGCAGGCAUAAACUUAGAAAGCGAGAUAUCCUCAGGAUCUACCUUCCAAACAGCAGUUAA